AUGCGAACGGCAGAUGAACAAAGGGAUGAGGAGGAGGAAUGGGAAGACAAAGACAACGAGGACGUGCGAUGGGACCAGGAGAACGCGUGCGUGCGACUUGCCGGCAAGUCCGUCCUCUACAACUUCCGCGACGUCGCUGCCUGCACGCCCAAAGGCGGAGAGAGCGGAAUGCGGAAAGGGCUGGUGUACCGCAGUGCGGCGGUGUCGAGGGGCAAAGUGACGUGCGACGAGGUGAUCAAGGGCACCCUCGCCCUCUGGGCCGAGUGCCUCAACAUCAAAACCCUCAUCGACCUCCGCACCAACACCGAGAAGAGGUCUGACGAGCACGACAAGCAGGUGGAGAAGGUCUAUCCGACGGUUCCACUAACGCAGAAGCGGGCUGCUGAGGGGCGACAGAGGUUCCACACCAACGUCCUCUCCUACUCGACCCUCUUCAAAGGCUUCGUGCUGCCCGCCUCUCCCGGCACCAAAGCCCGCGUCCUCCGAGCCUUCUUCGCCGCAGGGGAGGACACCGGCCGGUUGAAAUCCGCAAAGGCGAUGCUCUGCCGCGAGGUGGUGAGUCCGCGCGGCCUCGUGAGCCUGUACAUACUCAUGCUCUCCCAAUCGGCGGCCCUACUCAAGAAGGUGUUGAUGCUGUGCAGCGAUCCCCAGAACCAUCCAGUACUCUUCCACUGCUCGUCUGGCAAGGACCGAACGGGCCUGAUCGCCGCCCUCAUCCAAUCGGUGUGCGGGGUGAGCGAGGAGGAGAUUCUCGACAGUUACGCCGAUUCGGAGACCUACCUCGCACCCGUGCUGGAACUGAUCGCCGAGGAGGACCGAAAGCGAGGUCUCUCCGAGGAGUUUGAUGGCACCCCGCGGCACGCGAUGGAGAAGACUUUCGAGUACAUCAAAGAGUCGUACGGCGAUGUGCGCGGGUACCUGGUGGCCAUCGGAUUCACUCACGAGCACCAGCGCCAGCUGCGCGAGGCGCUGAUGGUGGACCCCGAAAGCGACGAAGAGUACAGCGAUGGAGACACCAACAACGAGGACGAGAUCGAGCAGAAGCGAGGGUACGACAAGAUCGAGAGAGGAGGGCAGGCUUGGACGGCCGGGCGAGCACCAUCGGGCUCCGAGAUCUCGCGACUGCCGACCAAGCAACGACGCGAAAACAAAGACGCCGUCUUGCGCUCGCCAAAACGGAGCCUGGACUCCUCCAGAAGUUCCACCCUUUGA